CCAAUAAUGAAUCAUGGUUGGUGGCCACAAAAAGGGUGAAUAAGAUGAGUAAACAAUGAGUCUAUAUUAGUAAAGGUGAAAAGAAAAAAGAGAAAUAGAUGUUAGAUAGACCAGAGUCCAUUAGGCAGCAGCUCAUUCCAAGCUAUUUUCCAUUUCUUUUUCCCCCAAAUGGAUCUUGUCUCCAUCUGCGAUCGAUUGAGAGACUAGAUCACCGCAUAUAUCAUUCAUCAGCAUCAUCGCUUGAUAUCCUGUUAUUCCUUGGAAUCUUGAUUUCUUCUUGCUGUCAUCGUCGUGGGUCUGGUCUUAUUCAACUCAUUACUCAUCACUCUUCACAAUUCACAAUUCAUAAUUCACAAUUCAAUUCACACCCCAUUUGGAGUGUGGACCUUUAUUGAAAUUGCCGUCGGUGGGUUUCUAAAUCUUCUCACGUCUCUCUCUCUCUCUCUCUCUCUCUCUCUCUCUCUUUCUCUCUUUGCUUGCUUCCCUCUUCUUCUAUCCCUCCUUCUUUAGAUUUACUUGAUACCCGUUUGCGAGAUCGAGUCAGUAAGAAGAGGGAAAAUGGAGAGCGAGAAGAAAGCUUCCCCCGUUUCGGAUAUGGGCGCAUGGGCUAUGAAUGUUAUAAGUUCUGUGGGAAUCAUUAUGGCGAACAAGCAACUCAUGUCCGCCAAUGGCUAUUCUUUCACCUUCGCCACAACAUUAACAGGAUUCCACUUUGCUGUAACUGCACUAGUUGGAUUCGUGUCAAACUCAACAGGAUACACUGCAUCAAAGCAUGUUCCUUUAUGGGAGCUUCUCUGGUUUUCAAUUGUUGCAAACAUGUCAAUCACAGGGAUGAACCUCAGUCUCAUGCUGAACUCAGUUGGAUUCUACCAAAUUUCCAAACUUAGCAUGAUCCCAGUGGUUUGUGUAAUGGAAUGGAUUCUUCACAGUAAACGUUACUCAAAGGAAGUGAAAGUUGCUGUUGUGGUUGUGGUGAUUGGUGUUGGUGUUUGCACUGUGACUGAUGUCAAAGUCAAUGCCAAAGGUUUUAUAUGCGCAUGUGUUGCAGUUCUUGCAACUUCAUUGCAACAGAUUUCUAUAGGAUCAUUGCAGAAGAAGUACUCAGUUGGAGCUUUUGAAUUGUUGAGUAAAACAGCUCCCAUUCAAGCUCUAUCACUUCUUGUAUUUGGUCCUUUCAUUGACUAUUAUCUAAGUGGAAGACUUAUUUCAGACUACAUGAAGACCAUUUCUUCUGGUGCAAUUAUUUUCAUUCUGAUUUCAUGCUCAUUGGCUGUUUUCUGCAACAUAAGCCAGUACCUUUGCAUUGGGAGAUUUUCUGCAGUUUCAUUUCAGGUUUUGGGUCAUAUGAAAACAGUAUGUGUGUUGACUUUAGGGUGGCUGUUGUUUGACUCAGAGUUGACUUUCAAGAACAUUCUUGGAAUGUUGGUGGCGGUUGCUGGCAUGGUGAUAUAUAGUUGGGCGGUUGAGGUUGAAAAGGCGGCUACAAAGGGUGGCCCACCACAUCCUAAGCAUAGUUUGACUGAGGAGGAGUUAAAUUUAUUGAAGGAUGGAUUGGAGAAAGAUUAUGAGGCUGGUGAAUCAAAGUAGAGUAAAAAAAAAAAAAAAUUUGAGAUUGUGUUUUUUUAUUUUUAUUUUUAGAGAUGAUGAUGAUCAUCAUAUUUUGGUUGUUCUUUCAAUUGUUU